UUCACGUGGUGACGUUCUAGCCUUGCCUGUAUGUCUUUCACAGUUGGCGACAGUGGAAAUGUUUUCGACCCUGCCCGUGUGUACGAAUAUUUGGAGAAGAUGACGAUAAGCCCAAUAACUUAUUUGAACACCAAAGUCUCUUCAUUAUAAACGUGAUACUGCUUAGAGUGACGUACAUAUCGUGAUAUCCAGCCGAGAAAGAAGAAACGAAAAACCACACUGACACAGCCGCGGAUUUUUGUGUGGCUGGGUAGCGCCAACGUUAGCUAGCUAACGUUAGCUAGCUAUGGAGGAUAUUAACUCAAACAUCAACGCGGACUUGGAGGUGCGCAAGCUGCAGGACUUGGUAAAGAAACUCGAACAGCAAAACGAGCAGCUCCGUAGUCGGUCUACUCUAUUGUCUUCGUCUGGAGCAGUGUCAGGAAACCAUAGACCCCUUAGUGCUGGAUAUGACUCACCCCUGUCAGCCGCCUCGGCGGCGGGGCUGGCCGGCUUCCCUGGGGUGGGGUUCAGCGGAACGGGUGCCUAUGGAGGGCUUUUGGAAAACUCCCGUUGUUUGAGCCCCAGACUGUCAUAUGAUGGCAUCAGUUUCAGGAGAGCAUAUGAGGGCGAGGGGGCAUCGGCUGCCACCUCUUUCACUGGCAUCAAUUCGUACUUUACUGACGCAGGGGAAACACUGGGUUUUAUGGAUGAAGGGGAAACUUCAAUCUUGGAUGAAGUAGACAUCCUCGAUCUUGAAGACAUGGAUUGUCUGAACGAAGAUGAAGACAGCUGGCUGUAUGAGGCGAAGCUGAACAGCCCUUGGCAGAAAGCCUUGAGUCCCAUCGUGUGGUGUCGCCAGGCUCUGGACAACCCCAGUCCUGACAUGGAGUCAGCCAAGCGCUCCCUCAUCCACAGACUGGACCUCACCAUGUCAGCAAACAAGCGGAGGAGCCUGUAUGGAAGUCCCUAUAGUCCCCAGGUGAACUACGGAAGCCCAUACAGCACAAACACAGUGAACAGCCCCUACAGCAGCGGCUUCAACUCCCCUUCCUCCACCCCCAGCAGGGUGCCCAUCGUCAGACAGCAGCUGAUGCCCCCUCUCCACCAGGCUCACCAGCAGCAGCGUGGUGGCUCAGUAGAGAGAGAGAGGAACGCCCCACCGGUCAGCCCUCAGUCUUCAAUAGACAGUGAGCUGAGCACCUCGGAGAUGGACGAGGACUCUGUGGGAUCCUCCACCACAUACAAACUCAACGACGUCACUGAUGUACAGAUCCUGGCUCGCAUGCAGGAGGAGAGUCUUCGGCAGGACUAUGCUGCCACAGCUUCCAGGCGUAGCUCUGGUUCGUCCUGCCACUCUCUGAGACGCAGCACCUUCAGUGACCAGGAGCUGGACGCCCAGAGUCUAGAGGACGAUGAGGAGGCUGUACACCCCGCCUUCCACCUCCCCUCGAACCGCUUCUCCCACUCUCCCAGACACUCCCCCCGUGCCUCCCCCAGGAACUCACCCCGCUCCCGCUCCCCAGCACGUUCCCUGGAGUACAACCACAGCCGGGGCUCCCCGCAGCCAAUCAUCAGCCGGCUGCAGGCGCCACGUCACUCCCUGCAGGGCCACGCCCCCCAAGACCUGCAGACCAAUGUGGUGAAGAACGAAGAGAAGCUGGGGCGUAGUCUUCCUAACUUGACCCGCUCCAACGUGGCCCAGCAGGGCCCAGAGCCCGUCAAGAACAGCAAGAGCUGUGAGUCCAACCUGCAAGUGCCAAACGGAAGCUCACCGAGACACCAGGCAGUCAGUCAGUCUGCCAUAGCCCAGCACUCCUCCACUCCACUCCACUCCCGGUACUCUACCCCCCCUCGCUCCUCCCAAACAGGAACUCCCGCUCGAUCCUUGCUGUCCCCGAAACCCAAACAACACCUCCAAAGCCCUUCUUCCCUCCGAGUCCAUCUUUCCUGUUGCUUUGGAGAAGAAGGGGAUUUCAUCCCUUCUCCCAGUAAGCUGCGAACCCCAGCCACCCCGUCUCCCCUGGCCCUGAGGCAGCCUGUAAAGGCCACGUCUACCCCUGGCUCUGGAGCCUCCACCCCCACACGCUCCCUGGGCCCAGCACGCAGCGGCCUGCCCCGGCCCAGUGCAGGAGGAGGAGGAGGUGGCAUCCCUGUGCCUCGCAGCAAACUGGCCCAGCCAGUACGCAGGUCUUUACCUGCCCCUCGGACCUACAGUAGCGGAGAGAACUGGAGAGAGGGCUGCUACUGAGGCUGGCAUGGCCAGCAGGGGGCACUGUUGCUCUCUCAUCAGCACAAAGAGGCAUACAAACAUUACAAUGCAGCACUUUAUCAACCAAGAUUACUUUUACCAUGAAUCAAGAAACUAUAUCAAAGACACAAGUCACAUUCUUCGUACUAUCAUGAGCAACAGGAUCUGAACAGCUGAAGCAACAUGGUGUGUGUAUCUGUGUGGAGAGGUUCUGAAAGGGCCAGGGUCCGUGCUAUUCCGGUUCCUUAGGACGUCCCUACUAGUGGCCCGCAACUGCUAAUAACCCAUCCGGAACCGCCCGACAAUAUGUGAAAAUCUGAGGUCCGCACCCGACCCUAACCCGCUAAUAUAGAACAUGCGCUGUAUACCACAUUCGAAACCAGCUAAACUAUUUUUUGACAGGGGGUGCAGGAUUUUUUUGUCGUUGCUUAAUUUAGAUAUGUUUCUGCUUAUAAUUUCUAACAUUUUAGUAGGCUAUUUGUUAGUCAACUUGUCUAGAAUUAGAUACAUGCAGCUUCUCUUCUUUCAUUAUAUGUAGCCCUAGAAGACUAAGUAAAUUAAUCAGUAGAAUGAACACUUCAAUCUAGUUGACAUCGGUAAAGUUUUCUGUCAUCUGUUUCUUUUGCGGAUGAAAGACUUUUAGGGACCGGGAAGAAAAUGCAAUAACAAAAAUAUAAACAGGAACGAUUUUCUGUGCAAAAUUUUCUAAGGAAAUCGAACGCUGUGAAAAAGAGCUGUGAAAAAGAACGUCAUAUUUCUCCACUCCUGUUCCUGAGUCAAAAUGUUGCCUACAUUUGGUGUAUAAUUUUACUUCAGGAAAUGCUUAAUUCUGCAGGAGUUAAUAUUAAGGCUAUGUGGGAGGUUGUGAUUGUCAAAUUUGUGUAGCGUCUCAAUCAUACAUAACAUAAACAUAGGUUUAGGGUAGGGAUGUCCCAAGGGUCCUGUAUAGCAUUGACCAAGGGGCCAGGCAGGGCUGGCAUGCGGAGGGGGCCAGGCAGGGCUUGCAUGCGGAAGCCCAGAGAUGCCAAAGAAACCAGCCGAGCUCCAGCUUCACUGCGCCUCCAGAGGGCACUGUCACAUGCCUCUGGGUGUCUGUUCAGCCAUCAGUCAAUCACACAAUGCUUCUCUCCAUCUCUCCCUUACUCCUUCCCUCGUCUCUUUUAUCUUUUCACCUCCCUCAGGUUGAAAUGUUUCUACACAUUUCUCUUUUUGCAGUCUGUUCUUAACAGAUGCCUUGGUCAGAGAUCUCUAUGAUGAUGCUGUGCAGGUGAAGUGUUCCCUUAAUGUUAAAGAAAUGUUGUGAAUGUUUUACGAAGUGAACUCACCUCUGUAUGGUUGUGUUGUCAAAUCAUAGUUUUUGUUCACUUGUGAAACAACUAGAAUGUAUUAAUGUUUGUUUGGGACAUUAUUUAUUCAAAUAAUUAUUUAAAGAGUUCCUUUUCCAAAUAUACAUUUUCAGCAUUCGUUUUCUAUUGAUUUCAAUAAUUUUUUAAGAAGUGAACAUUUUGAACCUCAACUGCAAAGCUUAUUCUCCAAAGUCUUUUUAGAUGGUUUAAUAACAGGACAUUUGUGUUUUUAUGUUGAGAACUGGUAGAAACAGGCCAAAGCCCCAUCUCUGACCUUAACCAUAACUAUGGCUUAACCUGGACUGACUAUCACAUAUUUUCCAGAGCUGGGUAGUCAGUAGUCAUGUCAAACUGGGCCAAUCACUGGUAGCUGUCACAAUCUCACUCCAAAUCUACUUCUGGAUUGGUUGGUUAGUUCCAUCUGCUCUCCCACAUUAGAUUAAUGUGCAGUUACAAUAUCUACUGUAUAGUCAGACAUGCUCCCACUAAAACAUAUAGAAUUCCACACUUGUAACCCUGAGAUCUGAGCAUGCAGCAAAGGCUUGAUGUAGUUCAUUUAAAACCUGCAACAAUAUUGUGUGAGUGUAUGUUAUGUCAAGACGGAGAGAAUAAAUGAUCAUGACAUCUUAAGUAAGAUAAUAAUGGAAGUUCAAUAAGUUAGUGGCCAUUUGCCUCUUGUGCUUUAAAAUGAAUCAGGAGUGCCGAGAUUCAUAGGGAUGGUAUUGGUGUGCCAGAAAUUAUCAAACUAGUGCCUAUUCAUUUAAAGUUUCACUUUAUUUUGAAUGUGCUUUUAUUUGUUCAUUUAUCAUUAUGUGCCAAUAAUGUCUUGGUUUGCCAAUAUAAUUUGUGUCUUUGCAUUUCUGCUUGAUUUUGUAAUUGUAUCAACAAUGCAUUUAUAAUUGCUUGUGUAUAAUAUGCGCCAUGAUAUUUAUAACAAAUGACUCUCAUUCUGUAAAUGAAACUAUUUAAGAGAGAGGUGCCUCUGUAUGUCAAGGUUUGGAUUUAGUGGAAAACUUGGCUAGUGUUGCAAAAAAUACAUGCUUCACCAUUUUGGGAUAGUUUUUGUUAAUUCACCUUUUUAUAUUCACCAACAUGACAUUCGGGGUUGGAUUCAAUUCGUAUUGCAUAAGCAUCGCAGAAGAUCCGUGUUGAAAUUUAAAGGCAAUGUUCCCGCGUCCACAGAGACUACGUUCUACAUUCACGCUGCAUAUGUCGGUUCAAUCGGAAAUUACCUUUACAUUACAUUAACACGGAUGUUCUGCGAUACGGGUUGAAUCCAGGCCUCGGAUUCCCUGUAUAAACUCACAUUUCAAAUUUAAAAAGUUGAGAAAC